UUGGAGUUGCACUGCAAGCUUCCAUCUCUGGAAGAAACACAAUGCCGCGAUUCACAGUGCAUGUCAGGGAUGAGUGGCUGACUGUCCCCUGCAGGGACCUGUCCCGCACAGUGCAGUGGCUGGGUCUCGAGGCGCUGAAACGAUACAUAAAGAACAAGCCGGAUAAUGGGGGCAUCGGCUCCGUGCAAGAGGCCAGUUUCUAUGUAAGAAGAUGCCAAGGGCAAGGGCUGCUGGACGCGGAUGACACUUUGGAAGAUACGCUGGAAGAUAAUGAUUUUGUAGAAAUUGUAAUCGUCGGGGAUACAAUGUCUCCUGACUUCAAUCCGUCUCAGCCAGGAAGCGGUCAUCUUAAUAGCCCAUAUCGAGAACCAAAUGAAUAUAUUUUGUUGGACGGGAACAAUCUUACAAGCACUGAUCUGGUCAGUUUAGGAAAGGGCCUCUACAUGAUUAAGCUCACUCCAGAAGCGGAAAAGAAAGUCGGACAGUCAAGGGCACUUAUAGAGAACAUAGUGACAGAAAACAAAGUUGUGUAUGGAAUCACAACAGGGUUUGGGAAGUUUGCUCGUACAGUCAUCCCAAAUAGCAAACUCAAGGAACUGCAGGAGAAUUUGGUUCGCUCUCAUUCGGCAGGUGUUGGCAAGCCACUGAGCCCUGAGCGCUCCCGAAUGCUCCUGGCCUUGAGGAUCAAUGUUCUGGCCAAAGGCUACAGCGGCAUUUCCUUGGACACUCUCCAUCAGAUGAUUGAAGCCUUCAAUGCUUCCUGCCUCUCCUAUGUGCCGGAGAAGGGGACGGUUGGGGCCAGCGGAGACCUCGCCCCUCUGUCUCACCUGGCUCUGGGACUGAUGGGAGAGGGCAAGAUGUGGUCACCCAAGAGCGGCUGGGCAGAUGCCAAAUACGUUUUGGAGGCUCAUGGACUGAAACCUAUAUCACUGAAGCCUAAAGAGGGGCUGGCGCUCAUCAAUGGAACCCAGAUGAUCACGUCUCUGGGUGCGGAGGCAGUUGAGAGAGCCCUGGCUAUCGCCAGACAGGCUGACAUCAUCGCAGCUCUGACACUGGAGGUCCUGAAGGGAACCACAAAGGCCUUUGACAGUGACAUCCAUGAGCUGCGGCCCCACCCUGGGCAGAAAGAGGUGGCUUUCAGGUUCCGAUCCCUUCUGGAUUCAGAUCACCACCCCUCUGAAAUUGCAGAAAGCCACAGGUUCUGUGACAGAGUUCAGGAUGCAUACACUUUACGCUGCUGCCCUCAGGUCCAUGGAGUGGUGAACGACACAAUUGCCUUUGCAAAGAAUAUCAUUGACACAGAGAUUAACAGCGCCACAGACAACCCUAUGGUAUUCGCAGAAAGAGGCGAAACCAUUUCGGGAGGAAAUUUUCAUGGUGAAUACCCAGCUAAAGCUCUAGACUACCUUGCGAUUGGCGUGCAUGAACUCGCUGCAAUAAGCGAGAGAAGAAUUGAACGCCUGUGUAACCCCUCUCUCAGCGAGCUCCCAGCAUUUCUGGUCUGUGAAGGGGGUCUAAACUCAGGUUUUAUGAUUGCUCACUGCACAGCUGCAUCCUUGGUUUCAGAGAAUAAAGUGCUGUGCCACCCCUCCUCUGUGGACUCCCUGUCCACCAGCGCUGCCACUGAGGACCAUGUAUCUAUGGGGGGCUGGGCUGCCAGGAAAGCACUCAAAGUGAUUGAACAUGUGGAGCAAGUUCUUUCCAUAGAACUACUUGCAGCCUGUCAAGGGAUUGAGUUUUUACGCCCCCUGAGAACUACCACGCCAUUGGAGAAGGUCUAUGACCUUGUGCGCUCUGUUGCAAAGCCUUGGAUUAGGGACCGCUUCAUGGCUCCAGAUAUUGAAGCUGUCCACAGGCUGCUUUUGGACCAAAAGAUAUGGAAAGUGGCACAUCCUUACAUUGAAAAAUAUAGAAUGGAACACAUCCCUGAAUCCCGGCCAGUCUCACCAACUGCCUUUGUGCUCGAUUCUCCAGCAUCACCACGCAAACGUCUUCGCAACGAGUGUGAUCACUGAUGGAGCGUGGGAGAACUCGUUACCUGUCAUAUAACUGUUGCUUAUCUACCACUGUUAACACUGCUUUAGAAUAAUACUUUACAGUAUAAAGUCUGAUAAAAUUGCCAGAAUGUUUCUACAUAUACUUAACUACAUAUCCUGUAUGAGUUUAUCAAUGAAGAUAAAGCUUGCUGUGAAGACAGAAGUCUGGUUUCUACCUCAGUUCAGACUGUGUAAAGGUUGAUGUCUGAUCGAAAUGGGUCAAUAAAUAUAAAAAUCAAAAUUGAGGAUUUAAAAGCAGGACUUGUUUUUUUUUUGCUAGGAAUUUAAACAUGUGUUUGUCUUAAACAUUUACAUCCAGUUUAGUAUAACACCAGUAACACACUUGCUUUUUGUAUGCUCGCUAACUUUUUUACAGUUGUGAACCCCCCAAAAAUAAUCAUGUUGCAGCAAUCUAAUUACUACUGUAUUCUGGAACCUGCAUUUGUAGUUAGAACAUGUUAAUUGGAAACUAGUUAGCAACUUAAAAACUGUAGAAAUUAUAUUAAGUUCUGUUGUAUGGUAUAGUACUAGGUAUGACGCAGGAUUUUCACAUGAUUUCCACAGAUUUUGUUAUAGUUGCACUUAACUUAUUUUAUGUAAUAAAAGCACAUCCAAUAAUUUCAUAUUACAAAUAGAGCUUUCAUCCCAUUUCAGACCCUGGUCAAAUGUCUUAAAAUGAAAAAAAGCUAAUUUUCUGCUCAACAGACAAUUAGCUUUGUGUCAUGCUGUUAAAUGACAGCGUUCAAUAAUUCUCACUCUUGUCUAAUGAUAAUUAGGUGUGUUCUUUAGGUAAGGGGCUUUCUUUUACAAACCUGUCUCUCAAGUCACUCAAUUUUGCAUUGACUCCCUGUCUGUGAGCAACAGAAAGUCAAUGCACUUCAGGGGUUUCCAUUCUGUUAUCUUUCCAUAAAAUACACAGUCUGGUCAACCAUCUAAAUCAUUCGUAAAACAGAAGGGGCUAGUUAUAUCCUUUUUAGUAAAUAUAACAUAGAUAUAAACAUCAACCAACUGUAAAACUAGAAAAGAUAACAUGUGUCAAUAUUUAAGCCUGUUAACAGCAGAUACAGGGAUGAAAAGGUCUGGAAAUGAGCCCAGUCAUUAGUUAGGGUUCAGUGCUGCUGGUGCAAAUGUAAAUAUGCUGAGAUUGUGUAGUUUUACUACAAUGUGGCAUCAGCACAAUUUUUUGAAAAGAGAAAAACACCAUGUAUUGUGACAAAACUUGAAAUAAAAACUUUAGAAUCA